AUGCCGAAUCCCAUCAAAGAUAUUACCCGCGUAGACGCGGCCUCGUUUCCUUAUAUCUACGAAGAAAAUGUCACAAUUCCCUUGAAGAACAACGCCGGACUAAUUCGGUGCAAUGUCUAUCGGCCCAGGGAUGUCGAGAACUCUCCGGUGUUGGUUACCUACGGGCCAUACGGGAAGGAUAUCCACUACAAAGAUUUCCACGCUAAGUCUUAUAGCGAAGUUAAUCCGGAGCAUCACUCUGAUCAUUCGGCAUGGGAAACUCCAGAUCCUGGCUUCUGGACCAAGCAUGGCUAUGCCGUUGUUCGAGCCGACGAGCGCGGCUUAGGUCAGUCGCCCGGUGUUUUGGACACCAUGUCGCGGGGCACUAGCGAAGCCUUCGUUGAUGUAGUGGAAUGGGCCGCUGAGCAGCCGUGGUCAAGUGGGAAGGUUGGUCUUCUAGGCAUCAGCUACUAUGCUGGUAGCCAGUGGCGUGUCGCUGCCCGUCAGCCCAAAGGCCUUGCUUGUAUUAUUCCCUGGGAAGGCAUGUCGGAUUAUUACCGCGACCGAUGCCGUCAUGGAGGUAUUCUGUCGAACUCUUUUAUUAAGUUCUGGUGGAAUCGCCAGGUGAUCACCAAUCAAUAUGGACGGCCUGGACGCGCUGCCCGCAAUUGGGGGCCCGAUACUAUUGAAGGUGACCUGUCAGAGGAAGAAUUAUUGGCGAAUCGCAACGACCAGACGAUCGAUAAUGCCACCCACAAGUUCCGUGAUGAACCAUACUAUGCCUCCAAAGAAUAUAAUAUGGAGGAUAUUAAGGUCCCGUUGCUCUCCGUUGCGAACUGGGGUGGUAUUCUCCUACACCUACGUGGCAACGUGAUCGGCUAUAUGAAUGCAGGUUCGGAACACAAAUAUUUAAGAUUCAUAACUGGACGCCAUGAUUUGCCAUUCUACUAUCAUGAAGAGGUCGAGCUGCAGAGAAGCUUCCUGGAUGCUUUCCUCAAGGGAGAGGAUCGAGAGGGAUGGAGCAAUGGCCAGGCACCCAAGGUGGACGUUUUGCUGCGCAAAGGAAAUGUCGGCUUUGACAACGCUGAGGCUGAAAGAGCCUAUACUCGGCGUACUGAGAAUGAAUGGCCCAUCGCUCGCACGCAGUACACGAAAUUCUUCCUCACGCCAGACCUUCAGUUACAGACCCAAUCACCACAGUCAAAAUUAGUCAAGGUUGAUUAUCGCGCAUUGGGCACUCUGGACAACCCUCAGCUUAUCCAAUUUACUACUCCUGCUUUUGAACAGGAAACGGAGAUCACCGGCCAUAUUGUCGCUCAUUUGAACGUAUCUGUCAGCCCUGAUAAGGGAGGUCCGCUUCCCUCCGACAUUGAUCUCUUCCUGACACUGCGCUAUAUCUCCCCAACCGGUGAAGAGGUAUACUACACUGGUACCGCUGGAGACCCCGUACCGCUGGCCAAGGGUUGGCUGCGCGUAAGUAUGCGCAAGGUGAACGAGAAGCACUUGCGCCACCAGGAGUAUUUGCCGCAUCGUGAUUACUUUUCAACGGAUGUCUUACCUGUCAUGCCCGGUGAGGUCUAUCCGGUAGAUGUAGAGAUCUGGCCGAGCAACGUAGUAGUCGAACAAGGUGGUAAACUGGUCCUGGAGGUGGCGUCGGGCGAUACUCAGGGAUCCGGAAUCUUCCAGCACAAUGACCCCAGUGAUCGCUCCCCCGAGAAGCUGCAAGGAACCAACCACAUACAUUUUGGGCCUGCGUACGAGAACUAUGUGACUCUUCCCGUGAUUCCGGCCAAAUGA